UUUAGAGCCGUGGCCUGUGAAUAUCGACGCAUAUCUCUCCUACAAUUACUCUCUCGCUGUCGCAGUUAGAGCACGGAGUCAAGCUUCCCGUGAUCAUUGCAUCUGACGUCAAAGAACUGAAUCGGUCGCAGUCGCACGCAAGCAGUAUGGCUACAUUGUUGCAGUUUCCACUCGUGCAGACGCUGCUCUUGCUCGCUUGCAGUUGGGCAGUCGUCAAAGUUGUGAGUGAGGAAGUCUUGACAGCGAUCAACAACGAAUACAAACGGAGAGGCUCGGCCCUUUUCGGAGACGAACAGGAUAUUGUUGUGCCAUAUCAAGUUGACCAACAAGGAGAAUUUGUUAGUUGGGAUAUUGCAUCACCAGUUCGAUUCAAAAGAGCAGAAACCGAAGACUCUCAAGAACUCGUGUCUCGUUGUUUCAGACUGACCGCUUUCAAAGAAAGUUUCCAUCUCUGUGUGGUGAGGAAUGAAGAUCUGCUUUCCCCGAAUUUUGUUGUGGAGAUUAUCGAGGCUAAUGGAACAAUCAGAACAGACAGCUCAAGGCCUGACUGUUACUGGAAGGGCAUUCUUAAGAGUCAUCCAAAAUCGAGUGUCGCAAUCAGUACAUGUGAUGGAAUGACUGGAUUGCUGAGGACAUCUGACACAGAAAUGCUGAUUGAGCCUCUGGCUAUUGAGUUGAGAAAUAAAGUCAAUGUGAGCAAUGGGGUUCCGCAUCUUAUUAAGAGAAGACCUCUGGACUCAGAAGAAAGAAAGGCACACUCAAAUGAGAGCUUAUCACUAGAAGAUGUCUUCUGCUCAGUGCGAGGCAAGAAGCAAAGAUCUCAUACUUCAAGAGGAUCUCAGUCUAAUCGAAGUGCCCGCAGCUCUAGCUCUUUUGAUGAGGAUCUAGGUGAUCCUUACAUUGAGUUGAUGGUCGUUGUUGAUCAUCACAUGAAUAAAAAAUAUGACAAUCGACCCAAGCAAACAGAGGGGCUUGUUUUGUCACUCAUGAACAUAGUCAGUUUAUUGUACAGUGAAUAUCCAUAUGGAGUUGGCGUCAAGAUCAUGGUCGUUCAAUUGAGGAUUCUACAAGAUACCCAGAGUGGCCUCAAUGUCAACAAGGCGAUAAAAGUUGCUCUUAACGAAUUCUGCAGGUGGCAGCGUCAGUUUCAUGUAGAUAAGGGUCAUCCUUCUCACUAUGAUCUUGCACUAUUAAUCACAGGAGUUAACCUGUGCUUUCAAGAUGGUGAACUCUGCAGUCCAUCAGUUGCAGGAAAAGCAAACAGUAGAGAGGUGUGUAAUCCAAAUAGGAGCUGCAUCAUAGUAGAAGAAAUGGGUUUUGUGACGCCAUUCAUCAUUGCCCACGAGAUCGGACACAUGGUUGGUAUGGAGCAUGAUGGUCUAUCCUAUGAUCCCAUCGCUUCAAAAUGCAAUCCUCAAGAUGGCUACUUAAUGUCAAACAUCAUACCUCAUGGAGCUAACACGUUUCUGUGGUCCAAUUGCAGCAGAGAGUCUCUCAAAGCCUUUCUAAGGACUUCCAAGGCCAGGUGUCUUGAUGAUAAACCCAGGAAUCCCAAGCAGUUGUCUUCUCUUGGAGGAGAGCCAGGAUAUUUUUACAAUGCUGAUAUACAAUGUAGAUCAACAGUUAUUGGUGCAAGGAGAGCUUGCACCAUGGAAAUCGACAGAGAUGCGAUGAGGGCUAUGUUGCUACCAAGCAACUGGACUCUGUGUGAGUUUAUGGUUUGUUAUACUGAGGAUGGCAGAUGUGUUAACACUUCUGCUUCUGCUGCUGAUUUUACCCCUUGUGGAGGACAAAAGGUAUGUUUGAGGGGACAGUGCCACGUGAAGCCGAGACAGAGAGAUGGCGGAUGGAGCAAGUUCUAUCCAAUAGGUCAAUGUACACGAUUGUGUGGUGGUGGUGUACUCACAGAAGUUCGAUACUGCAACAACCCGAGUCCGAGAUAUGGUGGCAGGUCUUGUGUGGGUCAGAAUGCUCGACUGAAACUGUGCAACGAACAACCUUGUAAGAGCAAUCCUCGAUAUGCAGAAUGUGAAAACUACAAUGGGUAUGUUGGGGGUAGGAACUGUUCAAUUCCAGGUCGGAGUCAUAUCGUUGAUAGUCACUGGAUUCCAUAUUUCAGUGAUACACCUGGUGAGGACUGCAUGUUGUAUUGUGAGAUGAGGGAGAGAAAAUGCAUUUAUAGAGUUGGGUUGCCCGUUAACGAUGGCGUGCCUUGUAGCAACAAUGAUUCAUAUCGAUGUAUUAAUGGUGUCUGCCAGGGUCUGGGAUGUGAUGGUGUUAUCGGAUCAAAUGCAGUUGUCGAUGCUUGCAAUAUCUGUGGAGGAGACAACUCGACAUGCAAGGAGGUUACAAAGACCUUUGAGGACAAACUAGACAAGAAGGGUUAUUAUGUCAUCAAGAAAUUUGAAGCAGGCAAUUUUCGAAUUCGUGUUGAAGAGAUGUCAGCUUCAGACGCAACAUCUCUAAGUCUGUUGGAUUCUGAUGGUCACUACUUGCUGGAUUUGCAGUCAGAAAAGAUCUGGCCCAACUGGGAUUACAAUGGAACUUUGAUUGUGUACUCUUCGAAGCCGGGCCAGCCAGAGGUUAUCACAAUUGACGAUCCCCUUACAAGAAAUUUGCAUUUGAGGGUUCACUACUCGCCUGAUCUUGGGCCCAAUCCUGGAAUCCGCUACAUAUUCACUCGUAACAAAACCAAAACUCGACCGGAUAUCAGCUUCUACUGGUCUCUCGAUGGAUAUUCAGACUGCAGUGUAACAUGUGGUCGAGGCAUAGAAGCUCCCAACUUCAUUUGCCACCGGAGUCAGCGUCAGUCUCCUAUGAAACCGAAAUUCUGUAGUGGCAUUCCUAAACCAUUCAUUGCUCAUAAGUCUUGCACACGUCAAGACUGUCCAGUGGCAAAGUGGUACAAAAGUGUAUGGUCACUGUGUUCUUCUAACUGUGGGAUGAAGUCACGUGACGUUUCGUGUCGCGAGUAUGUCAACAAUCAGCCCAAAAUGAUGCUUGAUGAAAGCAAUUGCAAGGAACCCAAACCGCCCAGCCAGCAGACGUGUCAACCAUCAGAAUGCAGCAAUGACUGUAUGGAUCGAGUUGCACUAGCGUGCUCUCUUGUAUCACAACUCCCAACAUUCCCACAGUUGUGCAAUCAAAGCUCAACCACCGAGUCAUCCCUCGGAUCAAUGUGCUGCAAGUCGUGCCAAAAACACAUUCAAGCGACAAGGCGUCGCCGCAAAUGAUGAAAAUUUAAGUGCUCAAAUCCAUAGAUCUUCGAUAAACGAUAGUUUUUACAUCACAUCAUAGAUGAUGUACUCUUGGCUUAGCAGUUGUAGGGCGUAAAUCUAAAGCCUUAUUUUUAGCAUUGAACAGCAAGUCAGACCCGACAUACGCUUUUCUAUAAACUGUAUUUAUACAUGGUAAGAGGCUAGAGGUAUAAAUGUUAGCAGCUAGAAUUGUAUGCACAUACAUGUAUGAUGAGGUAAUGUAGGAAUUGAGGUAAUGUAUGAUGUAUACAUCCCUCACCUGCUGGAGUAGUAGGU